AUGUUUCGCUUCCACAAGACACUCGAUAUCGUGACGGUCUUCCACAAGGCCAGCUCUCCGGCAUCCGUCAGAGUCGCCAACCUUUUGAAGCAGGUCUCUGCCAAUGCCACUUCUGGCGCUACCCUUGACCAAGCGAGCGAUCACUCUGCUCAAACAGCACCUAUCCGAGACCAAUUUGAACUCAACAUCACCGAAGACCCUCCUACAGACGACCAGGUGAAGACAAUUCUGGAAUAUGUUGGAAGCAGCGGUAUCCCCAAGGUGAUCAAGGGCGCAAACAACGAGAAGGAAGCUCUUAGAAAGUUCAAGGAAAGCAAAGAGAACUUCAUUCGGCCAGUGGUUGUGGAUUGGAACAAUGGCAAGGCCAUUGCGGGCGACAACGAGUCUGAGAUCCUCAAGCUUCUGAAAGCGCAGAAGUAA